UGUCCUAUACAGCCGUUACCAACCACAAGCACACUCUCCAACUAAGUUAAUCCCACACUGAACUAAUUAGUUUGGAUCUUCUUGCUGUUUUUGUUGAUAAUUAGUGAUUAACUUGGAUUAAUUAGCGAGUAAUUAAGAUAAUGGCGGAAGGUAGUGAGAACAAGGGGAAGCCGCUGAUGCUAGUUGCAGUGGACGACAGUGAACAUAGCUUUUAUGCAUUGGAGUGGACAUUGGACCAUUUCUUUGCUCACGGCACCAACCACCCUUUCAAGCUCAUCGUCAUUCAUGCUAGGAGUUCUGCCUCUUCUGCCCUCGGCGUCGCCGGAUUUGGUUCUGUGGACUUUAUGACUUAUUUGGAGGCGGAUAUGAAGAAAUCCACUAGUAAGACCGUGCAGAAAGCUCAGGAUGUUUGCACCAGCAAAAAGGUGGAAAAUGUAGAAGUGGAAGUAAUGGAAGGUGAUCCCAGAAAUGUUAUGUGUGACGCUGUUGAUAAACAUCAGGCCUCCCUUUUGGUUGUUGGAAGUCAUGGUUAUGGAAUUGUAAAGAGGGCAGUUCUUGGAAGUGUAAGCGACUACUGUGCUCAUCAUGUUAAAUGCUCCGUCAUGAUUGUGAAGAAACCCACAAAGCCCUGAGCCUUUCAUCAUCAAGUGUUUCAAUAAAAUUUUAUGCAUUGGGGGUCAAUGAAUUGGAGGGCCAAUAUCAUUUCGGAAUUUUUUCUUUG